AACGCAGCUUCGAAGCUGCGUUUUGUAAUUCAACUGUGGAUCACGCAGCGGACCAAUAAGCGCAGCCGUUAGCUUUCGGCUUGAGAAUGUUGUGGUGACUAACUCGCGUUAUCUUUCACGGGCGCGCAAGAGAGCGUUGUGCCCUACUUCAGCCAAAACAUCAGCUGAAUCUUUACCCAGGUCUGAUUAGAACUACUGACUUGCCUUUUAAAUUCACAUCGUUCUCGGUUCUCCGUUAAGCUCGUCAUAUUUUGUCGACUCAUUGAUUCUGUCCACCCAGCCAGGAUAUUCCGGUUUUGUUGGCAUUCUCGAAACAAGCGCAAGAGCGUUUUAUCUUUCGCUUCUGUGAGUUUUGGGACUACCAGGAACUUUCAGUGACUGUUCCAGCCAUGUUGGUGUACGGAGACUCCGCGCAUUCCGUGUACGUGUGGAACGCCGUGGACGUGUUAAUCGAGGGGCAGCUGCAGCACGGCGAGGUGAUCAACGUGGCGGAGAAGGGACUGAUCGUUGAUUUCCAGUGUCCUGGACAGCGCGCGCAGUUAGUCGAGUACGGGCGUAUCUUUCAAUGCAAGGAGCCCGCUGAACGCGCGACGCCGGACGUGCAGGCACUGCUGCGCCGCCAACCCGACGGCGCCUGGAUCUGGUACCCGGGACGCGUUGUCCCCAUCGAAUCCUUUUUGUAUGAAGAAGCUCAGUACGUGGAGGUGCAGCUACCCAACGGAACGGUCCGCGAGCUGUUGCCAGUGGCCCAAGUGCGCCCACCGCCCGCGGGAGGGGUGGUAGGGCAGGGGUGCGUGGGGCAAAGUGAGUUUGUGGUGCGCUCUUGCCUGCUGCCUGCCAGCUUCGGGUCGGACCAGUCGCCGCUGGUCUGGGAAGGUUUCAAAUCGGAGUUGGGUCGAGCGUGCAAAGUGCUGUACAUCUCGCGGAUCAACGACACCUUCAGCUAUCUGCAGCGUCAGGAUGCGGAGCCACUCACGGCGAAGCAAGCGGAAAACACCUAUCAGUUAUCCAAACGUAAGGGGACCCCCGGCCUCCCCCUGGAUGCCAAACCACGACCCGACACGAAACCAGCGAUUUCCGCUGGAGAGGAAGAAGGAGUGCCGUUGCCGGCGGAGCUCCUGACGGAGAUCUUCCGCGCACUGGACUCCAUCGGGCGCGUCCGCUGCCGGCGUGUCUGCGCGCUGUGGAACGACAUCCUCACCACGGACGCCAACUUCCCGGAGGUCCGCGUGUCCGCCCAUGAUGGGAGUUACGGUGCGGCGCAUCUCGGGAAUCGCGGCAUGUACUGGGUGGUGGCGUGUCUGCUCAAGUGCCUCAACAGCGCCACCACCACGCUGAUUGUCACCGGCCUGGGUUAUGAAGAAUUCCCCCAGCUGGCCGCGCCCAUCCGCCACAUCCGCCAGGCCCGUCGCCUCCCGCUGCUGGUGCUGGGCGACUGCCUGCUGGGCGACCCAAGCAAGCCCGCCAAGGACGUUAUCCCGGCCACGCUGCAGCUGGGCGGGGAUUGUUUUGCCGAGCGCAUGGUGUGGGUGCGCUGUACGUUGCUCGACAGCGCCGUGUUCGCUACUGUGGCGCAGUACACCUUCCGCGGCCCGUCAACGGCGGCGAUGGAGGUGGAGCUGUGGGAUGUGCUGGAAAGUUGUCUGGUGGUGCCGACAUCGCUGAAACGGCCGCCCAGCGCGGCCAUGGUCUCGCGGUGGAUCGCGGACUGUAUUGCGUUCCAAGACAUCGGUCAUAUUCACGAGAUCUUAAAGGCUCUCCGGGAGUACCAGGGUGCGGAUCCGCGUCCCUCGAACCGUUUCCGCGACUGGAAAUGGACGCCGGCCAGCCUGGUUGAUCUGAAUCCCACACAGCUGACCAAAAUAGCCCUGACGCGGCUGACGCUUCUGAAGCAGUUCCUGGAUGAAAACGAUAAGGCCUCGAAUCCGUUCCUUCAACUGCUGGCUUUUGUCUAAGAAACCGCUUUGCCGGCGGUCAACUCACGUCGCACCAUUCUUUCUGUGUUGUGGGGUGCUUCUUGUUAAAGUUAAGUAAUGUUAACAGUGCGAUGAGCUGUCGUAUUGGCAUUUACUGCCUGUAGUGUAUACUGUCUAGGUAGCAAUCACGUACCAUAUAUUAAAGCGGAUGAAUGUUGUCUAAGCGGUUCACCUUGUGUGGCCACUUGUUCUGACCAGCUCACCAUGCGCAUAGCAUGACUAGACACAUUUAUCGGAAGCUGCCCAUUCUAUUUCUUAACCUAAUUUUAGUUUUCGUUUUUCGUCCGCUCGUCGGAACGUACUAAUAAAGUUAGGCCAGCGAUCUGG